UCCUUUCUCUUCUCCUUUCAUUUUCCUCCACUGCGUCGUCGAUGGUGAAGUUACUGCAGCCGCAGAAUCCGAGAAACCGUCGUACCACCAAUAACAACAGUAGUAAUGGUAACAGUCAGGGCAACAACAAUGCUGCUAUCACGACUGUUAAUAAUGGGGAUAUCGUGAAGGGCAAGAGAAAAAGGAGGAGUGUCCCAAGGGACUCUCCUCCACAGCGUAGCUCGAUAUACCGAGGAGUCACAAGGCACCGAUGGACGGGACGAUAUGAAGCUCAUCUGUGGGAUAAGAACUGCUGGAACGAAUCACAGAACAAGAAAGGCCGACAAGUCUAUCUCGGUGCCUACGAUGAUGAAGAUGUGGCCGCGCAUGCUUACGACCUAGCAGCACUCAAAUAUUGGGGCAUCGAUACCAUUCUUAAUUUUCCGCUAUUGACAUAUCAGAAGGAACUCAAAGAAAUGGAAGGGCAGUCCAGAGAAGAGUACAUUGGAUCAUUGAGAAGGAAGAGCAGUGGUUUCUCCAGAGGAGUUUCGAAAUACAGAGGUGUUGCCAGGCAUCAUCACAAUGGAAGAUGGGAAGCUCGAAUAGGCAGAGUCUUUGGAAACAAGUACCUCUACCUUGGGACAUACGCAACUCAAGAAGAAGCCGCAAUCGCCUACGACAUGGCCGCAAUAGAGUACCGCGGGCUCAAUGCCGUCACUAAUUUCGACCUCAGCCGUUACAUCAAAUGGCUAAAACCCGAUAACAGCGCUAGCCAAAGUCAGCCCGAUCCUAAUGUUGACCAGAAUCUAACCACAGCCGUGCCUAACCAUGAUGGACUAAGCCACAUGCCAGUUCAGUCGAAGCAUGGCGACUUCGACGACGUGCCACUUCACCGGUCUCGGCCAGCAAGUGCCACAUCAGCCCUGGGGCUUCUUCUCCAGUCCUCAAAGUUCAGGGAGAUGAUGGAAAUGACAUCGGCAGCUGAUGGUGCAGCGCCUUCAAGGGAGAGCUCCGCAGUCGUCUCCAAGUGCAGUUUCCCAGAGGAGAUACAGACGUACUUCGAGUGUCAGGAGUCGAACAGCCUUGAGGAGGGGGAUGAUAUUAUUUUCGGGCAGCUCAACGCCUUCACACCACCACUUUUCUAGUGUGAUCUUGAUGCGUGAAGGGGACAAGUAGGUGCUCCAGUUCUCCGAUGUGGCUCGUUUCGGUUUGAUGGAAUGAUAAGGGAAUGUGAUAGAAUAACACAUAAAGUUUUAUGUUGCCGGAUCACAAAUUCCCUUUUCAUUCCGGCAUGCCGAUCGAUCCAUUAUGUCAGUCCAAUUCAUAUACGUUUUGAUUUUGAAGGUUUGUUAUUUGAGGUAAAAUGGCUAUAUACCUAACCAGAAGAAGAUCUGGGAGUGGAGAUAAAUCCUUGGGAUCUUAGUGGACUAAUUAAUUAUCUUAUUUGUUGAAAAUGUAAAGAUUUGUUAUUUAACGAUUAUUCAUUUGGAAUUAGUAAUAUAAGAAGUUGCAUUAAAAGGAAAGAGGGGGGGUGGUGGGGGUGUAUUUAUAUUGUUGGCCCUUUUUUCUCUUGUUGAAACAUAACUGGCCCUUACUUUUUUUUCCCCCUCUCUUUUUGGGUGAAUCAUCACAGUCCAAAUUUUAACUCCUUAUAAAUGU